AUGGCACCAGUUAACUUUUAUCGUGAGUGUGACUUAGUUGCUGAGGCGAUUAUUCCUCCCGAAACGGCUUCGAUUAUCUCUUCGGAUGCAUACGAAGCAUCCGCUAAAAAUGUUGUUGAUGUUUUUGGCGAAAACAGAUUGGUUGAUGGUAUAUCAGUUAGGACGCCAGGUUGGCUGCUGAGCUUCUUUAAGAACUCUAGAGAUGCUACGUUUGGUACUGUGGAGGCAGGUUUGAACAAGGUGGAUGCCGUGUCUAGAGGAUACUAUGCACGUGAACGGAAAAUUACAUCUACGAUUGCUAAUCUACACUCUGAUCCGAAGGAAGAGCUAUUUCCAGGCUUCUGUUCUAUAUUGGUUGCUGGGUUAGCAGGGAGUAUCCUGGGAAGAAGAAGGGGGUGGGGUUUGAGGGUCGCAGCUCCUUUGGUGUUAGCCAUCGGUGCUUUUUCUUAUACAUUGCCAACUACGUUCCAAAAUUCCAAGAACUUGUGUUAUGACUUAGAGAAGAGCAGAUUCCCUAGGUUCGUGGAAAAACAGGGCACUGUUGUAGAUAGCACUAAGAAAGCUGUUUGCUUCACUGUUGAUGCUUCAGUGAAGACUUAUCAAUCGGCCCAGCGAAUUUACGGGAAGGUCACGAAGGUAAUAAGGGACUGGACUGGUCUGAACAUCUGA